AUGGAGCUUACUCCUAGUCCCCCCCACCUGCUCCGCCUCCCCGACGAGCUGCUCCACCAGAUCUUCGGAUAUGCAGCCGGCGCUCUCAAGGACACUUUCGCUUGCCGAGGAUGGUACACCGCGCGCGAAAAGGUUUUCGCUGAUUGGUGCUUGCUGUGCCGACGUCUCUAUCCCAUCGCCAGAGCCUUUCUCUACGCCAACGUCGACGUUAACUGCGUGUUUUCUCCGUCCAGACAUGAAUGGUUGCUAGGCCAGCACCAGAGUUUCCAACGUUAUGCCACUCUUCGCCCCUUGGUUCGGAACCUGACUGUCCACUACGAAGGUCCCUCCAUCAACACCCUCCCUUAUGUUGCGACGGAUCUCAUCGCGUGGUGUACCCAUGUCAGGUCGUUCAGCCUGUCUGGGCUGGGUUCUGAUGACCAGGCGUGGAUGAUGCUCCGGCAGGGUUUGUUCAACUUCCAGACCUUGAUGGAGCUGUCGCUCGCUGAUCCAAGGAAAUUCAAUCUCGACCUCGAGUUGCUGCUGGGGACACUUGAUGAGUUGGCAUGCCCGCAGUUGACAACAUUAAGUCUGAACGGUAUUGGCAACCGUCGUCUGAGGGACCGGCCUAACUCACCGGGAGAACCGCUGACUGCGGCGCUUACCACUCUGAAGCUGCGAAACUUUCUGGCGACCCCCGCCGACCUGGAAGCGCUCGUGAGACGGCCUACUCGGUUACAGAACUUCGAGUUGCAGUAUACGUUUCCGGAGGCCUCCAGCUACGACCAAAAGGGUGCAUCCACGGAUUGGAGCUUGGCCACACUGCAACCAAUCCUAUCCAUUCAUAAGGCAUCCCUGCGGUCCAUCAAACUUAACCAUAUCAACCGUGGAGGUCUGGCUGGGUUUGAUAUGCGCGAUUUCGAGCGGCUAGAAAUGCUAAGCCUGUCAACUGCCACCGUAUGCUCUGCAAGCAGACUGUACGACUACGACGAGCAUGUCCUCGAUGUGCUUUUCGCCCCAAACCUUCGAGCUUUAGAACUCGACUUCGCGCGUGAGUACAAGAGCCAUACUUCCUUGGAUUCGUAUUCGCGGCGCGAGGGUCUGGAAGACUUUGACGAGGCCGAAGAAAGGUGGUUACAUACACUUGCCCAUAUGGCCAUUCGAAAGAGGUGCCCGCUGCGCGAGAUCAAGGUUAUAUUUCGACCCCGCCGGUAUGACGAGUCCCAGUCGGCGGCGCGGUACCCAUGGGACCGCAUGGAUGACCUCGAUGAGGAACUCCGACCGUACCGGAUCCGGAUAUGCUACAACACCCCGACAGUAAGCCGAGCAGAGUUCGAUGAAGUAAAUCGGAGACGGGUUUCAUUGUCAAUGCCGUACUCGGAUCGACUGCGCAUGCCCUCAGUUGCAACGACGUUGGAUACCGACCUGAUGUAG